AUGUUUCCUUCACUAGUUUCUGUUACACCUAAUAAUUCUGUCAAUGUUCUUGAGACAAAUCUCAGAGAAAACUAUGCAUCACAACCAAUGCACUUGCAAGAGCAAGAAAACUACUUAAAACCAAAGAUGAAAGAUGAGCUUGUUAAUUUUGAUGCUCAUUCCUCUCAGGGUAAUUUCUUGCAAGAUUUUCAACAUAUUGAUCAGUUUCACGUGCAUGGCUCUUCAUCGUGUAAUCAAGUUUUUGGGGUCCAGACUCAAAGUUUUGAUCCUUUUGGGAAUGAACAAUGUGCAAAUACAGGUUUUGAAGUUUAUAGUGACAAGUCUUUUGCGGAGAAUAAUAAUGGUAGUAAUCAACAUGCUCAUUUUAAUGAUAAUUUUCAAUAUGAUGGUUAUGGUUUGAAUGUUCCUAGAAGGAAUCAUCUUGAUCUUAUGGUUGAAAACCAAAGCUAUUUUCCAUUUAAUAAUCUUUCCGAAACCAAACCGUUGAACUAUGUUGUACCAGAUGAUGAGGUCUCAAGCAUAGCGCCAACAAGUUAUUAUCAAAGAAGUGAUUUGAAUAGAAACAACAGGCUACUAUCUCCCACCACGAGAAGAGUGUUUAAAGCGAAGAAGAAAUCAAACAUAGUGAAGGGGCAAUGGACCGUCCAUGAAGAUAGAAUGUUGACUCAAAUGGUGGAACAAUAUGGAAUGAGGAAGUGGUCUCAUAUUGCUCAGAGAUUGCCUGGAAGAAUAGGGAAACAAUGCAGAGAAAGAUGGCAUAACCAUUUAAAGCCUGACAUUAAGAAAGAUAUAUGGACUGAUGAAGAGGACAAGAUAUUGAUUCAAGCUCAUACCGAGAUAGGAAAUAAAUGGGCAGAAAUUGCAAAAAGAUUGGCUGGAAGAACUGAAAACUCAAUAAAAAACCAUUGGAAUGCAACAAAGAGAAGGCAAUAUUCGAAAAGAAAAUGUCGGUCCAAGUAUCCUAGAGGCACACUUCUGCAGGAAUAUAUCAAGAGCUUGAACUUAGAGCAAAAUCCUCCAAGAGACUUUCGAAAAAAAUCGUCUUCUAAUGCUAAGAAAACCAUUGCUUGUGGCACAAGCAAAGAAGCAAUACAACAAAUUCCUCAACCACAGAUCAUGAAUCAGUUUUGUCCCAAUGACCAAUCAGUGCCGAACUACGAGUUUAAUGAUUUUUGUUUGGAUGAUAACUUGUUUGAAGAAGGGUGUGGUAUUGAUUCUCUGCUAGAUGAUAUGGCAAGUGUUCCAAGAAUGGUUGAGAAAGAAUUUGAUCAAAAACUAUGUGAUAAUAAGGGAAGCAUGCAAGUUGUUAAUCUUGAUGAACAUCAAUUUGAGACUGAGAUUGAAGUUAAGAAGGAGUUGGAUUUGGUGGAGAUGAUAUCUCAGGUUGAUCAAACUAUUUGA